AUGCCGCACCUGAUCGUGUGCAACCGGCAGCUCAACUGGACUUUGACUCUGGUGCUGGGGUAUCUUUUCUACCUCCUCCUGGGUGCCGUGGUGUUUCAGUUACUGGAAAAACAGGCGGAAGCCAAGACUCGGAACCAGUUCCAAAUGGAGAAACUGAAGUUCCUGCAAAACUACACGUGCUUGGAUCGGCAAGCCUUGGAGCAGUUUGUGCAGGUCAUUAUGGAGGCCUGGGAGAAAGGUGUUAACCCUGAGGGAAAUUCAACCAACCCCAGCAACUGGGACUUCAGCAACAGUUUCUUCUUUGCUGGGACUGUUGUCACCACCAUAGGUUAUGGAAAUCUGGCCCCCAGCACAGUUCCUGGGCAGGUGUUUUGUGUAUUCUAUGCCUUGUUUGGAGUGCCCCUUAAUUUGGCAUUUCUCAAUCAGCUGGGGAAAGGGCUCAGCUCUCACCUGAUCAACUUGGAGGGAUGGGUCCACAAGCCAGGUCGAGCCCGGAUGGUGCAGACUCUGACAAUGGGAUUUUUUUUGACGGCAGGAACAUUGAUUUUUCUGGUUUUCCCACCAAUGAUCUUCAGUUAUGUGGAAGGCUGGAGUUAUGGAGAAGGCUUCUACUUUACCUUCAUCACCCUCAGCACUAUUGGCUUUGGAGACUAUGUAGUAGGCACAGAUCCCAACAAGCACUAUAUCACAGUGUACAGAAGCCUAGCAGCAAUCUGGAUUGUUUUUGGCUUAGCUUGGCUUGCUUUGAUCUUCAACCUGGGAGCUGAUCUGAUGGAGAAAUUCCUACAGCUUAACUGGCAGAAGCCUAGUCCAGGCCCUGCAGAAACUGCUGCCGUUGCCAAAUUAGAAGAGAACCCUGAUCAACCCAGGAUCCACAUACCUAGCUGA